UUAUUUACUAUCUUCGACGCUCCCGAAAUCGUGGAACAAAGCUCAGUGCCGUCAACGCGAAUAUCAACAAACACAGCACAAACGAAAAACAGAAUGUGAAAAACAAGUUAGAACCAGAAAAGAAAAACAGCAAAAUGGACUCAAUUUUCGUAGACAUUGGUGAAGGAUACAUGCAAGGAGAAUAUUUAGAUGAACAUUUAGAAGAUCUACUACCGGCCAACAUUCAUUCGAGCUGUUCUAUUGCUUUAGAACAAAUCACCUUCAGCGAAGCUAACAGCAAGCCUGAUCAAAAUGACCGUCCAGUGGAAUACAAGAGACGAAAGUAUAAUGUCCUCACCAUCAAAGAUAAGAACAUAGUCUGUGAAAGCCUUGCCUACAAAGUCAUUGGUUAGUUCUAGCGAAAAAACUGCACCCGGACGCAAGUCGUUGAAGGAGAGACUGACAAUUACACCUUGCAGCAAUGCAAGUGGUAGCCACAAAUUACCAUUACAAGUGCUUGGCCGCGCAUCAAAUCCUAGGUGCUUUAAAACGCAAGGCGUGCCUGAUGGGAUACACUAUUUUUCAAAUAAAAAAGCGUGGUAAACUAGUGCGACGUUUACUGAUUGGUCCUACUCCGUUUUCGUUCCUGAGAUCAAACGGAAGGCAGCUGCACAGAAUAGACCGACUAAUGCGCUUCUAAUUCUAGAUAAUUGCACCGCACAUUGCAGUAAAGAUAAGUUUCAAGUGGAUGACGCAGAAAUUCAGGUGAUCUUCCUUCCUCCAAAUGUGACAAGCUUUCUUCAGCCUAUGGAUCAAGGAAUCAUCAAUGCUUUUAAGGUUAUCUAUAAAUCGAAUUUUCUGCGCCGUGUUCUGUUAGAAACUGACAGCGAUCGCCCAGUUACAGAAGUUAUCAAAUCAUUUAGCCUUUAUGAUGCUAUUCAACUAGCGACUGAUGCGUGGGCCACUGUAACUCCAGAAACGAUUGCUAACUGUUGGCGCAAUCUCUUAAGUCAAGAUCAAAACUAUAACUCGUUCAACGAUUUCACAAUUUCUUCACCAACAAGUGACCCCCGCGUGUUGCUUUCUAAAGUAGUGCAACUCGUUGAUCCAAACUACGAACUGACCGAAGAAGAAGUUCAAGAGUGGCUAAGCAACUCAGACAACAUAGAUGUAGCGCAAAUAUAUACCGACGAGCAAUUGGCCAAGUAUAUUGCCUCUGGUGGUGAAUUUUUCGAGGCCGACCAUGAAGAGCAAGAUUGCGAUGCUAACGAAAGUGCUGAGGGUGAUCUUAGUACUUCGGUUAUAUGUACUCUUGGAGCAGUCAAUCCGAAAAACGCAAUGAUUAUAAGUAGGCUAUCAGCAUCAUGGAUGUACUCAAAAAUAUUCUUAUUGCUGUUGGUGAUGACCGUAAAUUAGUGGAAGCCGAAAAAUGGAAAAACGAAUAUGAAAAUGAAAUUAUUCGCCUUCUUGACGAAUAACAAUAGUGAAUUUUAAUUAAGUAUAUGGCAUGAUAACAAAAAUACAAAAUGAUUGAUUGU